AUGAUGGAAAUUAUAAAUUUAAGUGAUAUUAAUUUACCAGAAUAUUUUAAUGAACAAUUUUUUGAAAAUCUAUUAAAAAAUAUUAAUUCAUAUGAUGAGAAAAAAUUUCAAAUAAUAAAAUUAGAAUUUUCACGUGGUAGCAAUGAUGGAGAAAAUUAUUUUAGUAAAAUAUUGAGAGUAAACAUAGAAUAUUUUUGUAUAGGUGAAAAGAAUGAAGAGACAAAUCGUAUUCAAAAUGCAUAUUUUAUAAUUAAAUAUUUACCAAAUGAUGAGAAAAGACCAUUUGGUGAGAAUUUGAAUUUUUUUUGUAAAGAAGUCGAUAUGACCGAAAAUAUAAUACCAAAAUUUGAAGAAAUUCUCAAUAUUAAAUAUAUUUUGGGUCCAAGGCAUUUCUAUAUUAAAACCGAUGCUGAUCGAAUUAUUAUAUUUGAAGAUUUAAAAGUUUCUGGAUAUAAAUUAGCUAAUCGUGAAAUUGGAAUUGAUGAAGAACAUGGUAAAUUAGUUUUAAAGAAAUUGGGAAUGUUUCAUGCAGCCUCUUUAAAAUUAGCUCAGCAAGACCAAAAUUUGAUGAAAUUAUAUGAUAAAGGAUUCUUUCAUGAGAACAAUCGAAAUACAACUUUACAGAAAAAUAUUUUUGAAGGAAAUUUAUCUUGUAUAGCUGAAGCUAUAAAAAAUUGGCCUGGCUAUGAAACUAUUUCUAUAAAAAUUCAAAAUCUUAAAGAAAAAUUUUUUGAUAAAUGUUUAGCUAUAGAAAAAACAAAUGAUUAUGAAUUAAAAGUUUUAAAUCAUGGUGAUUUGCAUUUAAAUAAUUUUAUGUUUCAAUAUGAUAACAAUGGAAAACCAAAUAACGUGAUAUUUCUUGAUUUUCAAAUGUGUCAUUAUGCUAGUCUUGGAUUGGAUUUAAAUUAUUUUUUUAAUACCAGUUUACAAAUUAAUAUUUUAAAAAGUAAAAGAAAUGAACUUCUAAAGCAUUAUUAUAAUUCGUUAAUAGAAACUUUAAAUAAAAUAAAUUUUAAACCAAUUCCAUCUAUGGAGGAUAUUGAACGAGAAGUUAGAAAUAAAGAAUUUUUUGGUUUUUUUGCUUUUGAAGGAAUUCUACCAACAAUUUCAAUGCAUCCAGAAUAUUGUAAAAAGGCAAAUGUAGAUAAAUUUUCAACAGAUGAAGUUUUAGCAUGGCGAAGGAAAGUAAUGUUCUCAACUGAUCGUUAUAUUGAAACAAUGAGAUAUUCAUUAAAAAGAUUUGAUAGUUUAGGAAUUCUAGAUUGAUUUUUGUAGCUUUAGAAUUUUUGUUAUAAUUAUAAUUUGUAAUAUUAAAUUAAUUAAUUUUUU